AUGCCUCAUAUCGCUAACACACCUGAAUCAUUACUCGCUCGCGCAGACUCGCGGAACCCAGCAACAACAUGUAAAGGCAUCACCGCGAAUGGUCGGCCUUGCCGCCGAGCCUUGGCAUCCUCGCAGGGCUCCUCACCCUCAGUGACCCCGAAAAAGGGCAACUACAAAGCGACAAAUUUGGAGUCACUGUACUGUUGGCAACAUAAAGACCAAGCAGUAGCAUCUACGCCAUGCGUCAGUUCAAUUCCCGAGGGAAAUCCUCGGACGAGUAUCGAUACAUUAAUGGAUCGCCUCGGAGUACUCGACAUCAAUGAUGAAUCUGCACCUCAGAAAAAGCAGCGAAAGCAGACCCAACGUCCAAGCAAUAUGCGUCUAAGCGAAAAACGUCACCCAAAAAAGAAGAGCGCCUUCUGUUGCUUUAUAAUAGACGAGGAGAGUGACGAUGGCGCUUCUUCAAAGCCUAUUCAGAAACCCAUGCAACAACGUCCAACUGGAUCAUCAGCAUCCCAGACUCCGUAUAAAAGGACUCCAAAACCUACCUUGACUCAACACCCAGAAAAUGCACGAGUCUCAGCACCAUCCACCCAAGGACAAGGCCAAAGCCAAAUCCGGCCCCAAGCCCAAAAACAAAGACACUCAUCAACGUCCUCCCAAACCCAAACCCUACUAUCCUGGAUCCCCCCAACAAUCUCCCCCGAAACAACCUCAACCCUCCUCACAGAACUAGCCAAACCAAUUUCCACAGCCGACGACGAAGGCUACAUCUACAUGUUCUGGGUAACGCCCCAAACAACAAACACAAGAGGCGACCCGUCCCAAAACCAAAACCAAACCCCACCAUCCAGAGAUCUAGCAGCAUCCCUCAUCCCACCAACAACCCCAACAAACAGCACGCACCUCCGGCCCCCAGCCCAGUCUCGCAGCGUAAGUGAUGCACUCCGCGCCGCGAAAGAUCUCAACGCCCUAUCCUCGAACCCGACGUCCACAUCUCCCGGCACGAUCCGACUUAAGAUUGGUCGGACGAGUAACGUGCAUAGACGGUUGAAUGAGUGGUCUAAGCAGUGUUCGUAUGAUUUAACGCUUAUUCGAUACUAUCCGUACACGUCGUCUUCGUCUUCGUCUUCGCCGGCGAGGAAGAAAGACAAAAGUGCUGCGGAGAUGUUAGCGCCUGGUCGGAAGGUCCCGCAUGUCCAUCGUGUUGAACGGCUAAUUCAUCUUGAGUUGGCUAGUUUGCGUGUGAAGGAUCUGGGGAAGUGUCCUGAUUGUGGGAAGGAGCAUCGGGAGUGGUUUGAGGUUGAGGCUGGGAAGGAGGCUCUCAAGAGUGUUGAUGAUUGUGUUCGGAGGUGGGUUACCUGGGGGGAAUCUGUUUGA